GCAAAAUCAGUCCGAGCAAUGUGCAGCUCUCAGACGAGACCGGUGUGAGCUAGCGGCUGUUCACUUGUGCUAGCUAGCUUUGGGAUGUGAGCCUUCAGUGGCAUCCUCCUUGUGGGAAUCCGAUGUUCAUAGCGCCCGAGUGCCCAACCUCGGCGUUUCAGGAAGCGUAUCCUUCACCUUGUCGUCGACACGAACCUCUUACCAUCACCAACAGCUGUACAGCCUUACGAACGAUGGCUUCGGAAGCGUUCCGACCACAAUGGGGCUGGCCAUCUGGAGUGAAUUCGCAGGCUAACCGCGAAGCGACGACUCCGGCAGUCGAUGAACAAACGCGCCGCGCUACCAGCUCGUCAACCCCCCCAUCGUCCGGUCCCACGCCCACGCAGAGGCAGCGCCAUCGUCACUACAAGCCGCGAACCUGCCGCAUCUGUCUCGAGGUUGUCUAUCCCACGACGGUCAUUGACGACUCGCUCGCGGGCCGGGUCUUCUCAUCCAAGGCGCGCGUGCGCUAUGUAUCCGAGGACCCCGAGCUAGGCCGCCUCAUGAGCCCGUGCAAAUGCAAGGGCUCGCAGAAGUACGUCCACGAGGGGUGUCUGCGGGCCUGGAGGAACGCGGCGCCUCUAUCCGACAGGAACUACUGGCGGUGCCCGACCUGCCAGUUCGAGUACCGCCUCGAGCGGCUGCGGUGGGGCCGAUGGCUGUCCAGCAAGGUCCUCCGGGUCACCCUGACCGUGGCCAUCUUGGUCUUCACCGUCUUCAUCCUCGGAUUCAUUGCCGAUCCCAUCAUUGGCUUCUGGGAAGAUCCGUUUGGCAGCCUCGUCGGGGGCCUGCUGGACAUUGACUUUGAUUACGAUGAGCCCGUCUUGCCGGACGAAGGGCCUGGGAGCUGGUCCCUCCACUUCUUGAAGGGGUUCCUCUCCCUCGGGCUUCUUGGCUUCCUCAAGACCAUGUAUUUUAUGUCACCGUGGCACUGGUUCAACAUACGGUUCGGUGGAUACCGUCGACGGAGAGGUGCCGGAAGGGACAGGCUAGAACAGAUCAACUGGGGCCUUGUUCUGGUUGGCGUACUGACGUUCUUGGGGGCAACGUGGAAGUUUGUGAACCAUCUCAUGGCCAAGACUCUUGAGAAGGCUAGCGACCGUGUCGUUGAUGUCCAGGAAGAUGACCCGGACGAUGAUGAAGCGGACGAUGUUCCAGGUGCCGCCGCACCCGAGACAGCAACCAACGAGUCGAAAAAGGAUAGGUAGAACGCUUGUCCGGUGUUAUGUACUAAUAGCAACCUCUUAAAAUUUCGCCUUGUCUCAGCUUCGCCGAGUGCCCCAUCAUCACCAUCACUGCGCACUCUUAAGUUGUCACGGCUGCUCCUCCGUGUUGUGGCAACUAGUCUGUGUGCAGAGAUCAAGCUUCGCUGCCGCCCUGAGAACGGGGCGUCUUGCCCUGCUCUCAUCGGGGUUCGGCGCGAAUGCGUGAAUCAGUGCCUGCAAUUGGGAGCUCUUUGGGGUCUCUCGAAUCUGUCUCUGCUGC